AUGGCCACUUCGGCACCUUUUGGGGUUCUACCUCAAAGUGAGGCUGUUGCCGAGAAAGUGGAGGAGGUCGUUGACGAAAAGACAUACCAAAACAUCGGUCAUAAACGGAAAGAAAGUGAUUCGGAAUCCUCGACUUUGGACUCCACGAGAGAAAGGGAAGAUGCCACCAUUCGAACACUUGCAAGGCAAAUCACACAAAAGUCGAUGGAAGGGAACCACGAUCAUAACGUCAACCCAUUCCUUGGAUCAGAUGACCCUAAACUCGAUCCAUCAUCAGAAAAGUUCAGUUCUAGAGCAUGGACAAAACAUCUUGUCCACCUUCAAUCUCGAGAUCCAGAGAGAUAUCCCAACAGGACAGCAGGAGUCGCUUAUAAGAAUUUAAAUGCUCAUGGAUUUGGUGAACCAACCGAUUACCAAAAGACUUUUGGUAACUACCCACUUGAAAUCAUCGGUGUGGGCAAAAGGGCUCUUGGGCUCAGUAAACCUACCAAGAUUCAGAUUCUGAGAGACUUUGACGGACUUAUCAGAAGUGGAGAAAUGCUUGUCGUGCUUGGUCGACCUGGAUCUGGAUGUUCAACUUUACUCAAGACGAUCUCUGGAGAGACUUCCGGAUUCUUCGUUGAUAACAGCACAUACAUCAACUACCAGGGAAUACCAAUGGAGACCAUGCAUAACGAUUUCAGGGGGGAGUGCAUAUACCAAGCAGAAGUUGACGUACAUUUUCCUCAAUUGACUGUAGCACAGACAUUAGGAUUUGCGGCUAAGGCUAAAGCUCCUCGAAAUCGCAUACCUGGUGUUACACGGGAACAAUAUGCAGACCAUCUUCGAGAUGUCACUAUGGCAACUUUUGGACUCUCGCAUACUUUCAAUACAAAAGUUGGUAAUGAUUUCAUUCGAGGAGUGAGUGGUGGUGAGAGAAAACGUGUCAGUAUUGCGGAAGCUGCUGUGGGUGGAAGUCCUCUUCAAUGCUGGGAUAAUAGUACAAGAGGUUUAGAUUCUGCGACUGCCUUGGAAUUCGUGAAGACUCUUAGAAAUUCUACCGAAUUGACUGGGUCCACAGCAGUUGUAGCCAUUUACCAGGCCUCUCAGUCAAUCUAUGAUCUUUUCGAUAAAGUGGCUGUACUAUACGAAGGAAGGCAAAUAUACUUUGGUGACAUUCACGCGGCGAAGACAUUCUUCAUCAAUUUAGGGUUCGAAUGCCCAGCUCGACAGACAACCGCAGACUUUUUGACUUCAAUCACAUCUCCAGCAGAGAGAAUUGUUCGACCUGGCUUCGAAGGCAAGACUCCAUACACUCCAGAUGAAUUUGCUGCAGUUUGGCAAAAGAGCGAGGAUAGAGCACAACUACUCCGAGAGAUCGAUCAGUUCGAUGCGGAAUUCCCCAUUGGCGGACAAGCCCUUGACGACUUUAAGAAUUCGAGGAAGGCAGUUCAGGCCAAGGGUCAGCGUAUGAAGAGCCCAUAUACUAUUUCACUUUCUAUGCAGAUCAAGUUAUGCGUGGAGCGUGGAUUUCAAAGACUUCGGGGCGACAUGUCUCUUCUCUUGACAGGUCUUAUAGGCCAAAGUGUGAUGGCUUUAAUCAUUGGUAGUGUUUUCUACAAUCUUUCGGACGAUACCAACAGUCUGUAUAGCAGAGGUGCACUCCUGUUCUUUUCUAUCUUGAUGGCAGCAUUCCAGAGCGCACUGGAAAUUCUUACUCUUUACGCGCAAAGACCAAUCGUUGAGAAGCAUACCAAAUACGCUUUCUAUCAUCCAGUGGCAGAAGCUUGCGGGUCCAUGUUGUGCGAUAUACCGAAUAAAGUAUUCUCGACUAUCUUCUUCGAUCUUGCUCUUUACUUCAUGACAAACUUGCGAAGAGAGCCAGGGUAUUUCUUUGUGUUCUUUCUCUUCACCUUUUUGUGCACUUUGACAAUGUCUAUGUACUUCCGGUCUAUCGCUUCACUAUCGCGAAGUUUGUCAGAGGCAAUGGCACCAGCUGCCAUCUUCAUCCUUGCCAUCGUCACUUAUACUGGAUUUGCGGUCCCAAUCAGAGACAUGCAUCCAUGGUUCAGGUGGAUCAACUAUCUUGACCCAGUUAGUUAUGGAUUUGAGGCUUUGAUGAUCAAUGAAUUCCAUGGCCGAAAGAUCCCCUGCUCGGUAUUUAUACCUUCCGGUGGCAACUACGCAAACGUCGGCGCGGAUGAGAGAAUCUGUUCCACCACUGGUGCCGCAGCUGGUGCAAAUUACGUUGAUGGUGAUAGAUAUCUCGAAGUCAAUUAUGGUUACACCCAUUCCCACCUCUGGAGGAACCUCGGUGUCAUGAUUGCCUUCAUGUUUUUGGGUCUCUUCAUCUACUUGAGCGCAAGCGAAUUCAUAUCUGCAAAAAAGUCCAAAGGAGAAGUCCUUCUAUUCCGUCGUGGUCGCAUACCUUACGUAUCGAAGACAUCUGAUGAGGAAGCAAAGAUGGAUGAUCGAAUGACUGCUGCGACUGUCACCAGAACAAAGACGGUUCCAGAUGCACCACCCAGUAUUCAGAAGCAAACUGCCAUAUUCCAUUGGGACGAUGUUCAUUAUGAUAUCAAGAUCAAGGGUGAGCCUAGGAAACUACUAGAUGGAGUUGACGGAUGGGUCAAACCUGGAACAUUGACUGCUCUUAUGGGUGUCUCUGGUGCGGGAAAGACCACUCUUCUCGACGUCCUUGCCUCGCGUGUAACAAUGGGAGUUGUCACGGGACAAAUGCUCGUAGAUGGACGACAAAGAGAUAUUGGUUUCCAAAGAAAGACAGGUUAUGUACAGCAACAGGAUCUCCACUUGGCUACAUCUACUGUUAGAGAGGCACUAGCUUUCAGUGCCGUUCUUCGUCAGCCCAAAGCCACUCCACAUGCCGAAAAGAUUGCCUACGUUGACGAAGUUAUCAAAGUUUUGGAGAUGGAAGAAUACGCCGAUGCAAUUGUCGGUGUUCCAGGUGAAGGUCUUAAUGUCGAACAACGUAAACGCCUUACAAUUGGUGUUGAGCUUGCAGCAAAACCGGCCCUUCUUCUAUUCCUUGAUGAACCUACUUCUGGUUUAGACUCUCAAACAGCCUGGUCCAUCUGUGCGUUGCUACGUAAGCUCGCAGACAACGGUCAAGCUAUUCUCUGCACAAUCCAUCAACCUUCCGCCAUUCUUUUCCAAGAAUUUGAUCGUCUAUUAUUCUUGGCUAGAGGUGGAAGGACUGUAUACUUUGGCGAAAUUGGCAAGCAUUCAAAAGUCUUGACUAAUUAUUUUGAACGUAAUGGUGCUCCUCCUUGUGGAGAUCUAGCUAACCCUGCAGAAUGGAUGCUUGACGUCAUUGGUGCCUCUCCAGGAGCCACCAAUACGAUCGACUGGCCUGAAACCUGGAAGAAUUCUCCAGAACGUCAGCAAGUCAAGUCGCACCUCGCAGAGUUGAAGACUACACUAUCUCAAAAGCAAUUCGAGCAUGAUCCUACAUCAUUCAAUUCAUUUGCCGCAGGGUUCGGAACCCAGAUGCAGGUAGUGCUUGUUCGAGUAUUUCAACAAUAUUGGCGUACCCCUCCCUAUCUUUACUCCAAAACUGCGCUCUGUCUAUGUGUUGGUCUCUUCCUCGGAUUUUCUUUCUAUGAUACCAAAACAUCUCUUCAAGGAAUGCAAAACCAACUUUUCGCCAUCUUCAUGCUGCUCACUGUCUUCGGUAACCUUGUUCAACAAAUUCUACCUCACUUCGUCACCCAACGUUCCCUUUAUGAAGUUCGCGAACGCCCCUCCAAAACGUACUCUUGGAAAGUCUUCAUCCUCUCUAACAUUAUCGUUGAACUUCCAUGGAAUACACUUAUGGCUGUCAUCAUUUUCGUCACAUGGUACUACCCCAUUGGUCUCUACCGCAACGCUGAAAUGACCGAUGCUGUUAAUGAGCGCAGCGGUCUCAUGUUCGCUUUCAUCUGGGCAUUCCUAAUGUUCACGUCUACCUUUGCCGAUUUCAUUAUUGCCGGCGUGGAUACUGCCGAAAACGCUGGAAACAUAGCCAAUCUCAUGUUCUCUCUCUGUCUCAUUUUCUGCGGUGUCCUCGCUACUCCUACUGCUCUCCCUGGAUUUUGGAUUUUCAUGUAUCGCGUCUCACCUUUCACGUAUCUCGUAUCGGGAAUGAUGUCCACGGGUCUCGCCAAUACAGAAGUGGUUUGCGAUGCUAUCGAAUAUCUUCAUUUCAAUCCUCCCUCUUCUCAAACAUGUGGAGACUACCUUGGUCCAUAUAUGAGCGUCGCGGGUGGAUAUCUGAACAAUCCUGAAGCAAUGACGGACUGUGAGUUCUGCAGUAUCAAAGAUACGAAUGUGUUCUUGGCGGCAGUAAACAGUCAUUACAGUGAUGUGUGGAGAAACUGGGGUUUGUUAUGGGUGUAUAUUUUAUUCAAUAUCGCGGGCGCUAUUGGUAUGUAUUGGUUGGUCAGAGUACCCAAGGGUGCUAGCCAGGGAGAAGAUAAUGAAAAGAGUGAGAAAAAGGGCUGGUUCUCAAAGAAGAAGGCAGAUGCUUAG